UGCUUUUUAUUCUAAGAAAAAGAUAGGAGGAGAAAAUCGCCUUCACAGCCCCUUCUCCGCCCUCCGCCUCAUCCUCUUCUCCGGCGCCGCCACCCCACCCCUUCUAUCCAGCGGUGUUGCCUCUCCUUCCCGGGACGGGGAGGGGGACGGGAAAGGCAGGCCCGAGGGCGGCAAGUUCCGUCAGAUGGUAGUGGCCGUCGCCUCGGAGGGCGCAGGGGAGGCGCGCUGCUCGCGUCGCUCACGGAGCCUUGCGAGGCGCUCUUGUUCUGCACGGAGGACGCCGGGGGCUACUUCCCCAUCGAGUCCGCCGCCCGGGCGCUUGUGCGGCUGGCCGACGCCGAGGUCGCCAGCCCCGACGAGAUGCUGCUCGCCGUGCGCGCCAUCACCUGCAGAUAACAAGGUUUGUAUUUUCUACUCAGCUGGUUGGAUAUUAGUUAUGAAGGUUGUCCCUGGAUUUUUGCUCUAUCGAGGACUGCAUGAGCUUGGUCAAUAUGCAUUCUUGGAAAUUCUCUGGGAGCCAGCCAUAAAGAAGGAAUUCCUAUUGUAUCCUGUGGCAUUCUUAGUUAGAAUUUGUUAUUGCCAUCAGAAGGUGUACUACUUGACCAUGCAGGAUACAAGGUGUCACGAUGAUUUGAUGAGCUUGACCACGUCAUCGCUGCCAGUGCCGAUUAGCUCAGCCUUGGUGGCGGCGGGCUCCUGGACCACCUCAAGCAGGCGCCUGCUGCAGCGGCCGACAUGUGAGGGGCAAAUUAUAUUUCAAUGAUACAAAUGGCUGAUGUUAGUUUUGGUAUAUAUGUGGUCAAGAAGGUUGUCAAGUAGUGAUGGCCUCAGAUUUGUUAUGGGGCAGUUUUUUUAAUAGAGCGCUUCUUGCGCACAAGCACUGGAACCAUCGGUCUAUGACAUACAUGAUUCUCUAUAACUUCUACCAGAAUGCUUUCUUUGUGUUAAUGCUCUUCUGGUACGUAUUCCCUCCUCUGUGUGUUUCUCAUAUGAUGUAAGCUCAGUAUAUCUGUGUUACCUUUGUUACCUGUCACCUACAAUUUGACUAUCCAAAUGUAUGAAUAUACGGAAGCAUCAUCCCGCACUCCCUUUUGGCCUUUUUGGACCUCUUGUAAUGUACAUUGGUCUAAUUAAGUUCUUAAUGAAUUGAUUUAGGCACACUACAUAUUCUGUAACUCUUGUGCUGAUAGAUUAGAGUACUGCUUUCCAUUCCAUUAUCUGCACAUCAGUACCCACAGUAGUGGUUGAUAUUCUAGAGGACUUACUCAUAAUAGUCAUAAUACCCUUCUUUAUUGUCUGAGACUAUUGAGGCAAAGCUUCAAAAUGAGAGCUACAACCUGACACUCUUCUGAAACAUAAUGGUAGAUACCUUGUAACAUAGCCUUGUCCUUUCCUAUGUACAUUUCUUCACAUAUAAUAUCAGUUCUGUUUCAUGUAGCAGUCUUCUUUGUUAGUAAUGUUCCAUGUUUCUGUUUACAUGUACGUUCAUUAAUUUUCCCGUUUGAACCCCCUUAAUUAGUAAGGUGAUCUCACAAGCUUGGGUCCUAAACCACAAGAGCUCGAGAAAGUCGUCAUACAUUCCUUCUGCAGUGCACUAGCAACCUCGGAUACAAGUACCCGUGGUGGUUUCUCUGUUCAUAGGAGACAUGCUGAAGACUGUCUUCCUCGGACGGUUAGCAUUGCAAGCACUUUUUGACUCCACUUGAUGUCUACAAAAUUUCUGGCUUAUUGAAUGAUAUGGUUACGUGCAAGACAUGUCGUAGAAUCCACAUAGAACCGAGUGGCAUUUUCCUCACAUUUCAUGGUGAUUUUAAUUUGAGCAUUCAGCUUGAAUACCCUUUAAACUUUCCGUCGUUGUGCUCUUAUUGUUUUGGUGUAGCACUUCAUGUCACAACUGAAUGUUGAAUUCUUACCACUGCAGAAACUUCAACAUAUACUGAUUCAUUAGAUAAUGAGUAUGUGUGAGCUCUUUUUGUCUUUCUGGUUGAAUGUUGAAUUCUUACCACUGCAGAAACUUGCAACAUAUACUGAUUCAUUAGAUAAUGAGUAUGUGUGAGCUCUUUUUGUCUUUCUGGUUGAAUGUUGAAUUCUUACCACUGCAGAAACUUGCAACAUAUACUGAUUCAUUAGAUAAUGAGUAUGUGUGAACUCUCUCUGUCUUUCUGGUUCUACCUCAUGCCAUCAGUGUUUUGUGUUUCAGAUGCCCUAAUCUCCCUUGUAUUUAAGCGUCAUUUAUUAGCUCUUCCGAAAUUUGUCGCCAAAGUAAGUGGAAUGGGCGCUUUCAACCUGGCACCGCCCAGAUUUCUCUCAAGAGGCGCCACUAGGUGGCGCCCCAACCCCUAGUGUGCAUGAAAGGCAGACACACUCCGGCUGAGGUUAACUAUAUCUACACACGAAGUCGGGCGAGCACGCAACUGUACACGUUUGUUGGCUGGGCGCAACUACAGUCUAUAGUUGUACACCUGCCGUCCGCAUACAACUUCUUUUUUGCGAGUGUCCGCAUACAACUACAAUUGCACAUUCCUCAUUGGCCACACGCAAGUACAAUUGCACAUGCAAUACAUGUUUUACAAUUGGGCUGCUAGAUUUUUAAGUUGUAGUAUUUAUGUUUUUCAUAUUUAUGAAAAUAUAUUAGAACAUUAGAUCUCAAGCAAUACAUGUUUUAAAUUAUCGUAACAUCUAUAGCCAUAUAUGAAAAUGCACAUAUUUGAAACAACCAUCUGAGGGACAGACUUUAUGUCACACAACGACUACUUUUCCGUGUCAAAGACCGCUUAGUGGCCAGUAACGCGCGACUUGAAUUUUUUCUAUUACACUAUACCUUUUUAAACAAAACUAGAUAAUUGCCUGUGCCUUGUAAGGAUAUAAAUAUUCUAAUAGUAUGUUAGUUCAGGAUUUACCUGCUCAUAUUGAUGUGAUUAUGUAAAUAAAUGUUUAUCAAAUCAAUGUCAUAAUUUACCUAUCUAAAUAAAUUUAGUAUUUUAUUUGGUAAGAACUAACUGAGUUAACAAAAAAACAUAAAUUUAUUUGGUAAGUCAAUAAAAUGUGGGAUAGUUAAGACCGUUUCAAGAAAAACCGGUAAAAACAAGAGAUCAGAGGGGGAAAAUCAAAACAAAGAGAGGAAGAGGAAAACGUAGGUAAGGUUUGAUGAAGCACCAUGCCUAAUAAUUGGUGUUUUUUUAAUCCUAUCCCCAACUAUGGUGUUAUUUUGUAAUUUUAUCCUCGGCCCAAUAUAAAUUAUAGCUAUGCCUAUUAGAAAUACAAAUCUCUAUCUCUAUCUCUACUACUUAAAAGGAAUCCAAGGUUUCCCUUCCGGUCUUGCGUUCUCAUUUUCUUCCGCCUCCAACCCGUUUGGAUUUUUUACCACCUCCCAUGAUUACAAUUUUUUUCUUACCGAAACGUUGUUUUCUCACAUGUUUAUCAAUUGUAACCCUUUCCCUCUUCCCGCCUUGCGUGAACUGGUGUCUCAGUGAGAUCGGGUGGGUGGGCGUGCCUCAUGCAGGAUUUGGUCCGGAUGAUGCUCCUAUCCUCGAGAGCUCGACGCUGAGGGCGAUCCACCGCUGCCACUGCCAGCCUUCUGAUCCACAACUGACAGACAUGUCUCGAGAUCACCAUGCGCCUAGGGCUUCAUGCACCAUGCAAAGGGACGUGGCCACUAUGACGAGGCUGUGCAACUCACCUCCAAGCACAUGUCCAAGGUAAGCUUGGCUACUCCUUAGGCUUUGUGAUGAACAUGUUUUCUUCAGUUUUCAGGAUGGUCAUGUUGACGAUUUCAAGAACUUGAUUGCAAGGUAAAACCAAACUCUGUCCAAUAAAAAAUUGGCAUAGCUUAACAUGCUCAGAAGGGUAAGCUUAUUUCAUUGGAGUUAUCACGUCCAAUAUUCAGAAGAGGAUAUUCAUGUUGAUGCAUUAUCCAUAAUUAUUCUCGUUGUAAGGACGUGAUUCCAAGGGGGUCAUGGAAAGUUUGGAUUUACUUUUGUUAUGGGAAGCUUGCAUCAGUUGUUGCAGAAAAAAUGCAUUGCUCAUAAAGAAGUAUUCUGGGCUUUUGAGAUAUAAAUUCUGGUGUUUAGAUAUUCUAUAUUUUAGAACCUAAUGUUGCAUACCGAGCACUAUUUUUGCCAGUUGAAAGCUCCACCGGGUGCCUUCUACAGAGUAGUUAGUUGCCAGACUCCAUUGUUAUUGUAUUUCUUAGCUAUUCGAGGUGUAUAUAAUAGUGUAAAUGCUUCAUAAAAUAACAAAAAUGUAUUGAAUGCAUAAUAGAACUGUAUAGCGUUUGCCCUUGGAGAAACUUGUAUGGAGUCAUAUUGUGAUCUUCUAGAUUUAUGUUAUGAUGUUACAAGCUCAAAAUAGUGAGUUUCAUUUCACAUAUUACUA